CAGAACGGAGCUUUGGGUCAUAAAUAUAAUUCAAGUCGGUGAAGGUGUCUGACAACAGCAAAGUUGUAGCCAGAAAUAUUUUAGUUCUUCAUCGGGCCUCAGUGGGCAUUUAAAUGUCUUGGGUUUGGACUGAUGUCUUCUCUCACCCGUUAUGGGCAGUAUCGACUGUGAUUUUGGGACUCCUCUUGCGGUCACAGCAGAGAGGGUCCUGGGACACCCGAGCCUGUCUUGUGCAACUGAAGGGCAAGACCGCCAUAGUUACUGGAGCUAACACAGGCAUAGGGAAGUUCAUUGCCCUAGACUUUGCCCGGCGUGGGGCUCGUGUUAUCAUGGCGUGCCGGAGCGAGGCGCGCGGUAGUGCUGCCCUGCAGGAAAUCCGGAAGAGGAGCGGGAACACCAACGUGCACCUGCGCCUGGUGGACACCUCGUCCCUGGCGUCUGUGAGGGCAUUUGUAGAGGGCGUCCUGCGAGAGGAGAAGGAGCUCCACAUCCUGGUCAACAACGCUGGGGCUUCAGGUCUGCCUGGAGAUAUCACCUCCGAUGGUCUAGAGGUGUCCUUCGCUACCAAUCAUGUGGGUCCUUUCCUCCUCACCAGCCUGCUUUUGGACCUGCUAAAGCGAUCGGCGCCGGCGCGCAUCGUCAACGUGUCAUCUAUGAACCACUGGAGGGGCGUGGUCGACUUUUCACACUUCAAGGGCGAGAACCUGGCCUACACCAUGGACAGCGUGUACAACCACACCAAGCUGCACAACAUAAUCUGCACUAACGAGCUGGCACGAAGGCUACAAGGCACAGGGGUGACAGCUAACUCCCUCCACCCUGGGGUGGUGAUGACAGAAGUGAUGAGACACUAUAACUUCCUGGUUCGGUUCCUAUUCAACCUGAUUGGAAUCUUUUUCUUCAAGUCUUCUGAAGAAGGGGCAGUGAGCACCAUCUACUGUGCUGUCUCCGAGGAGAUGGAGGGAAUAACAGGAAAGUACAUUGACAGCGACUGUUCCCUGGUUCUCCCUGCCCACCUGGCCAGAGACCCUGCCCUCGCAGUCAAGGACUUUGAGUUCUGCGAGAGAUUGACAUCCAAGCUCUGAAUAAUUACCAGAGGGCUUGAGAGAAAGAUACAGAGAGAGAGAGAGAGAGAGAGAGAAAGAGAGAGGCUCGUUUGCAGUGGGGUCAAAUUCCUUUUGAACUCCAUUUACCCAUGUUAUUAUGAAGGAUUAAUAAAAAAUGCAGGGUGAAAUAUGUCUAUAAAUUUUGUUUCUUUAAGUGUAUUAUUCAAUAACAGACUUUAUAAAAACACAGUUGAAGUCGGAAGUUUACAUACACUUAGGUUGGAGUCAUUAAAACUAAUUUUUCAACCACUCCACAAAUGUCUUGUUAACAAACUAUAGAUUUGGCAAGUCGGUUAGGAUAUCUACUUUGUGCCUGACACAAGUAAUUUUUCCAACAAUUGUUUAAGAGACAAAAUUUUUCACUUAUAAUUCACUGUAUCACAAUUCCAGUGGGUCAGAAGUUCACAUACACUAAGUUGACUGUGCCUUUAAACAGCUUGGAAAAUUCCAGAAAAUUAUGUAAAGGCUUUAGAAGCUUCUGAUAGGCUAAUUGACAUAAUUUGAGUCAAUUGGAGGUGUCCCUGUGGAUGUAUUUCAAGCUUAUCUUCAAACUCAGUGCAUCUUUGCUUGACAUCAUGGAAAAAUCUAAGAAAUCAGCCAAGACCUCAGAAAAAAAUUGUAGACCUCCACAAGUCUGGUUCAUCCUUGGGAGCAAUUUCUAAACGCCUGAAGGUACCACGUUCAUCUGUACAAACAAUAGUACGCAGCUGUCAUACCGCUCAGGAAGGAAACGCGUUCUGUCUCCUAGAGAUGAACGUACUUUGCUGUGAAAAGUGCAAAUCAAUCCCAGAACAACAGCAAAGACCAGAAAGACCUUGUGUAGAUGCAGGAGGAAACGGGUACAAAAGUAUCUAUAUCCACAGUAAAACGAGUCCUAUAUCAACAUAACCUGAAAGGCCGCUCAGCAAGGAAGAAGCCACUGCUCCAAAACCGCCAUAAAAAAAUCCAGACUACGGUUUGCAACUGCACAUGGGGACAAAGAUCGUACCUUUUGGAGAAAUGUCCUCUGGUCUGAUGAAACAAAAAUAGAUCUGUUUGGCCAUAAUGACCAAUGUUAUGUUUGGAGGAAAAAGGGGAAUGCUUGCAAGCCGAAGAACACCAUCCCAACCAUGAAGCACGGGGGUGGCAGCAUCAGGUUGUGGGGGUGCUUUGCUGCAGGAGGGAAUGGGGCACUUCACAAAAUAGAUGGCAUCAUGAGGAUGGGAAAUUAUGUGGAUAUAUUGAAGCAACAUCAAGACAUCAGUCAGCAAGUUAAAGCUUGGUCGCAAAUGGGUCUUCCAAAUGGACAAGCAUACUUCAAAAGUUGUGGCAAAAUGGCUAAGGACAACAAAGUCAAGGUAUUGAAGUGGCCAUCACAAAGCCCUGACCUGAAUCCCAUAGAAAAUGUGUGGGCAGAACUGAAAAAGCGUGUGCGAAACGUUUGACCCAUGUUAAACAAUGGAAAGACAAUGCUACUGUUGUGAUUUUUAUGAAUAAUGACUAAAUGAUGUAUACAUUUAACAUAAGAAAUGAAUGUAUGUGUGUGUCGAAAGAGAACAAAGAGGGGCAUUAACCUAUGUUUGAACCGACCCGGCUGUAACUCUGGGGAGAUAAGAUAGGACAGGGAGAGCCCCUCCAGAGCUCUCGUAUCUGGGGGAGACUGGAACUGUCAGCUGAGUGGUAAUAAACUGUGGUGAGACUCAUGAGAAAAUCCCUAUGUUGGUGUGUAUGUAUGUGUGUAGGGUAAGAGAAAGUUAUAAAAGGAAUGUCUUUGUAUAUGUACAGCAGCGCUCUCGUAAAUAAACCUUGCUGACUAUGGUA